AUGUCCAAGCUGCUUGUAGGAACCACAUACAGCCUGGAGCAGAAGGAUGAAGCAGCUGGACGAGCCCUGGACAGGAUUGUGGAUGUUGCAGGUUCCCGACCCUUCUUCGGCGGCAUUGUGGCCAUCACCACCGCCUGGGCCGUGGCAGGCGCUGCCACCGGCGGCCCCGACCUUUGGCAGAUUAUCUUUCAAGAUGUGUCCUCAAUCCAGUGCUACAUCUCAGACAUGAUACUCAUGCGCCAGCAGAUCAACGACUUCCGCGAGCACCUGCGCAUCAUCGCCCUCCUUCGUUCACGCUCCUACACCAUCACCAAAUGCUUCCGCCUCCUCAUUGAGCAGGGUCGCUUGAACAACGCUCUGAGCCAGACAGACACCCUGCUCAGCUCUCGCACCCUCAGCCCUACCCAGCUUACAGAUUCUCCAAAGCUGAAACCAUUUGCGGUUGAUGACCUGGAGGCGGCUGCAGAGGAGAUGAUUGCUGUGGGCGAUGCCAUAUCCCUGAUUCCACAAGACUCCAUUGAUCGUGCCAUUGUGUUCAUGGCUGAUGUGAUGGGCAGCGUUUGGAUGCUCAUCGCCUUUGUCAUCGGGAUGGUGACCUGGGUCGGCUUGGGCCCCCUGUAUGAUUUUUCAGUCAACUGGCAGCUAUGGCUGAACACGUGCACAGCCCUUCAGCAAACUCUGUCCACCAGCCUGCUGACGCUAGCGCGCAACCGUCGCACCUACUUUGUUGAGCAGUGCAUGUGUGCCAUUUUCCGCCAGGAGUGCGAGGUGGAGUAUGCCGCUUUCAUCGGCUCAGGCUAUGGCGCCACUCUUGGGGCCCUGCUGUUUGCUCUUUGGCUGGCUGUUGGUCACCUGCUGAGCUGGGGCGACAAUUGGUGGCUCAUUAUUGGGACGUGGACUGGCGUCGUCGGCACCUUCAACGCAGCUGUCCUGCGGUACAGCCUGCAGCACCAGGCAGAAAAAUCGUCCAAGGAAUUUGACGUCAUUUUUGAGCAGGACAGUGUCCUCUUCAAGGAGCUGGGCUUACAGUGCACCAACCAGAUGAGUGACCUGAAGCCCAACUUGAUGACUCGAGUCAGCAUGUUCACCAGCUGGGUGUGCGCCACUCCCUGGGCAGUAUUGGCCACGCUUGCUCUCAUCAUCGGCAUGCUGGUUGGCGCCACCAUCAUGCUGUGGACCGAGACGGCGCAGCUGUUUGUGAACAGCGUCACGAUGAUUGUGGAGUCCUUCUUCCUGAUUGUCCUGAUCGAGGCGCACAACAUCCAGGCCACACAACACCGCCUCAACAUGCACAACCUGCUCAAGCGCCGACUGCAGCUGCUCGUUGUUUUGAAGCGGGUUGCAAUGGAGGAAGCAUCCUCCAGCAGCAAGCCGUCCAGCAACAGCCUGGACAAGUCGGUUCUGUGCGAUGAAGCCGACUGA